AUGAAAGCAAAAAGAAAGUUUCAGCGUUUGAAUGAGCCAUGUGGCGAGGCAAGUAGUUUGAUAGCAUUAACGAAGCCAGUCAGUAGUGGAGAUGAACGGAGUGUGCGUAUCGAUACCAAUGAAAAGCCACUGGUGAAGUUUGUGAUUGAAUUCCUCAAAGUCGAUCUCAAGCUGCCGGUUUCGAAUACAAACAUACAGCAGAUUGAACCAUUCUUCAUACGCAUUUUUAUAUUUGACGCAAGAAACGGUCGUCGAUUAUCAGAAGAGUUUCACAUAAAUCCGAAUAGCGAUGAGUUGGAUGGAUUACUGAAAAUGUCUGAUAGUUCACUUGGCAAGAAUUUAUCCGAUAGGAGCACAUUGAAAGAAGAUGGAGUCAAUGGAAUACCGCAACGAAUACUCGCCGAUAAACGUGCUACAAAGGUUAUUUGUUCGGUGUGUGAUCCUCAUCGUGAUGUAUACGUUGUUGUUCGUAUUGAACGAGUUUUAUCGUCAGAUACGUCGUGUGAUGUUUAUAUGAAGAGUAGUGGUGAUGUUAAGAAUACAAACAAAUUGCAGAAGAUCAUCAAACAAGCCUGUGACAAGUUAGGUGGUUAUAGGACUCCGUUUGCAUGGACUGCAAGACCAGUGUUUCAAGAUAUGCUGGGCUGUGGAUCGAAGCUUCCUGACGAAAUGCAGUUAUAUCGUUGUGAUGCUAAUAAACUUUCCGAUUGGGAUCUUCAAAAGUUACUCAGCGAUUUCUCACGGUAA